AGCAGCUGAUCAUGAGUUGUGGAGCGGAUGUCAUUUUGAAUUCAAGAAGGUUGCUUUGAGCUUGUUCUUCUCCGUUCCUCCUCUGUAGUACCCUUUAUCGUCGAUCGUCGUCGCUCGUCGUCGUCGAACACGAUGAGCGCGAUGGACACGAUGGACUAUCGCGGCCGUAACCCACACGACGCCUUCCUGUCCCACCUGAUUGCCCUGCUGUCCACCUACGAACUAUGUCCCAUGUCCACCCCGCCUCCCCGCUACGAUGGCCCCGGCGAUUGGCAAACCGACUCCAUCCUCCGUUCGCUCGCCGCCGUCGCGCGGCGGAUGUACACAGCGGAGGAGAUGCUCGCCUCGAUAAGAGCCUCUGAGAAUUGGCAAACCAACGGGCCAGAGACCAAGAAAAGACGCAGUGCGGCCACCCUCAAUGGCGCCAAGUUGCUCAACGGAAACAAGUCUUCAACCCUGGCAUGCACCGAUACCCUCAUCCAAGAAAACCCCUCCGGACCGAUGGAUGUCGAUUUGGAUUCACUACAAAUCUCUGCGGCAGGUCAAGCCCGCACGUCUGCAUCCAACAGGACAAGCAACACUCGUGCUCAGACGAUGUCCCUCUCUCUUGACAACAUACCCACCAACUUCGAUCCGUUCAAGUUGCAACGGUCAAUCAGUAAUGGAAGCUCGUGCUCCGCCCCUUCGACAUCUUACAUAGAUCACAUGGUCUGCCCGACAUGCGGAAAACCGAUAACGGACACGAUGACUAUGAGCCGAGUGAACAGUACUUUCAAUGGAUCUCCAAACGGAUCACCUCUCGUCGUGCCUCCUGGUCCUCUCGCCGCUGCCGCCUUCGAAAGCGGCAUGAGUGCUGUGGAGGAACUCCGCCUGCUCAAGGCUCAGGUUCAAGACGUUGCUCGUGUCUGUAACGCCGUCGCACGCGGCGAUCUCUCUCAAAAGAUUACCGUGCCGGUUCAGGGUGUCGUUAUGGUUCAACUCAAGGACGUUAUCAACACGAUGGUCGAUAAACUCGGACAAUUUGCUAAGGAAGUAACACGUGUUAGUCAGGAAGUCGGCACGGAAGGGAAACUCGGCGGUCAGGCUCUCGUCCUUGAUGUCGAGGGUACAUGGCGCGAAUUGACUGGCGUCGUCAACAAACUGGCAGCGAACUUGACCAACCAAGUUCGCAGUAUCGCUACUGUCACCAAAGCCGUCGCCCUCGGUGAUCUAUCCAAGCAAAUCGAUGUUGAUGCACGCGGAGAAAUCUUGGAUCUGAAGAACACUGUCAAUGGAAUGGUUGUCAGGCUUCGGGCGCUGGCUGCUGAAGUCACACGUGUCACUUUGGAAGUUGGUUCCCAAGGUAAAUUGGGUGGUCAAGCGCAUGUCCCGGAUGUGGAGGGCGUCUGGUUUGAAUUGGUCCGCAACGUCAACCGGAUGUGUUCUAGUUUGACCGAUCAAGUCCGGUCCAUUGCCAAGGUCACCACUGCAGUGGCCAAGGGUGAUUUGACCCAGAAAGUCGAGAUCCUGGCCGAGGGUGAGAUGCUGACAUUGAAACAAACUGUCAACUCCAUGGUGGACCAACUGGGUGCAUUUGCAUCUGAAGUCACUCGUGUCGCAUUGGAAGUGGGUACGCAAGGUAUCCUUGGUGGUCAAGCUCGUGUCGAGGGUGCCCAAGGCACAUGGGCCGAUUUGACUCGCAACGUCAACAAAAUGGCCAGCAAUUUGACCGAUCAAGUGCGGUCCAUUUCAGACGUCACAAAGGCUGUCGCACGUGGUGAUCUGGGCAAGGUCAUUACAGUUGACGUGCAAGGAGAGAUGCUCGAUUUGAAGGUGACGGUGAACUCCAUGGUCUCCCAAUUAUCCACGCUUGCAAACGAAGUCACACGAGUGUCGCUCGAGGUUGGAACAGAAGGUAUCUUGGGCGGUCAGGCGUAUGUUCCAGAUGUGCAAGGAAUGUGGAAGGUUCUUACAGAUAACGUCAACUUGAUGGCCAUGAACUUGACUAACCAGGUGCGAUCUAUCGCCGAGGUGACCAAAGCUGUCGCUGCAGGCGACUUGACGAAGAAGAUCCAAGUCGACGUGCGUGGCGAAAUUAUGGAACUGAAAGAAACCGUGAAUGGCAUGACGGAGAGUUUGAGUCACUUCGCAGCUGAAGUCACGCGUGUCGCGAGAGAAGUCGGUACAGAAGGUAAAUUGGGUGGUCAAGCCCGGGUCACCAAUGUUGGUGGUACUUGGAAGGACCUUACGGAUUGUGUUAACGUUAUGGCAGCCAACUUGACAUUGCAAGUGCGGACGAUCGCUGUUGCAACGACUGCUGUUGCCCGCGGAGAUUUGACUCAACAGAUCACGGGUGUCUCAGUUUCCGGAGAGAUGUUAGCUUUGGUGAACACUAUCAACGACAUGAUUGCUCAGCUCGCCAUCUUCGCCAAGGAAGUGAAGAAGGUCGCCUUUGAAGUCGGCACUGAAGGAAAGCUCGGUGUCCAAGCAGAGGUUGGCAACGUUCAGGGUAUAUGGCAGGAAAUCACCAUGUCGGUCAAUACGAUGGCCAGCAAUUUGACGACGCAAGUGCGAGGCUUUGCUCAAAUCUCAGCUGCUGCCAUGGAUGGCGACUUCACACGUUUCAUCACGGUCGAAGCCAGUGGAGAGAUGGAUUCAUUGAAGACCCAGAUCAACCAGAUGGUGUUCAACUUGCGUGAUUCUAUACAGAAGAACACAGCAGCUAGGGAAGCAGCUGAGUUGGCCAACAGGUCCAAGUCUGAGUUCCUUGCUAACAUGUCCCACGAGAUUCGGACACCGAUGAAUGGCAUUAUUGGCAUGACAGAAUUGACCCUGGAUUCUGACCUGAAUCGAUCGCAACGAGAAAGCUUGUUACUCGUGCACUCCUUGGCCCGCUCGUUAUUGCUAAUCAUUGAUGACAUAUUGGAUAUCUCGAAGAUUGAGGCUGGUCGCAUGACAAUGGAAGCCGUGUCUUAUUCCCUCCGCCAGACCGUCUUUGGAAUAUUGAAGACCCUCGUUGUCCGUGCAUCGCAGAACAACCUAGACCUCACCUACGAUGUGGACCCCGACAUUCCGGACCAGCUGAUUGGCGACUCACUUCGUCUGCGCCAAGUGAUUACCAACUUGGUCGGAAACGCGAUCAAAUUCACACCUUCCAAGAUGUCGAAGAAAGGUCACGUGGCGCUCAGCACGCGCCUCCUGGCACUUGACGACCAGAGUGUCACAAUAGAGUUCUGUGUGACUGAUACGGGCAUUGGUAUCGCGAAGGACAAGUUGAAUCUCAUUUUCGACACUUUUUGCCAAGCCGACGGCUCGACCACACGAGAAUAUGGUGGAACGGGUCUUGGCCUCUCCAUCUCGAAACGUCUUGUUAACCUUAUGCAGGGUAACAUGUGGGUAGAGAGUGAGGUGGCAAAAGGAAGCAAAUUUUUCUUCACGAUCACUUCUCAGAUCAGCUUAAGCAGUAUGGAGUCGACGCUGCAGAAAAUGCAACCCUUCCACAAGCGUGCCAUUCUAUUUAUAGACACCCUCUUUGACACGACAGGCGUUGUCCAACGAAUACAGGAACUCGGGCUUAGAUUGUACCAUGUUCAUGAUGUCAGCGACGUAGCUGAUAAGGAACGUUGCCAACAAUAUGAUACCAUUGUGGUGGAUUCUCUGAGUAUGACUGAGAGUACAAGAGAGCAUGAACACCUGCGGUACAUCCCAAUCGUUCUGUUGGCACCGUCUAUGCCUCGAUUGAACCUCAAGUGGUGUCUGGACAACAGCAUCAGCUCGCAGGUAACCACACCGGUAUCUGCCCAAGACCUGGCGUCUGCCCUUAUUUCCGCCCUGGAGUCGAACACUGUCUCGCCUGUUGCGGCACCGAGUGAUGUUGUGUUCGACAUCCUACUAGCGGAAGACAACAUGGUGAACCAGAAGCUUGCAGUGAAGAUCUUGGAGAAGUAUGGUCAUUCUGUGGAAAUUGCGGAGAAUGGUAGCUUGGCCGUUGACGCCUUCAAAGCUCGAGUGCAACAGAACAAGCCGUUUGACAUCAUCCUGAUGGACGUGUCCAUGCCAUUCAUGGGAGGAAUGGAAGCCACGGAGUUAAUACGCGCUUAUGAGGUCCAAGUGGGCCUUCUGCGCACUCCUAUCGUUGCCCUUACCGCUCAUGCCAUGAUCGGUGACCGCGAACGAUGCUUGCAAGCAGGCAUGGACGAUCAUAUUACAAAACCACUGCGCCGUGGGGAUUUGCUGAACUCGAUCAACAGGCUAGCUAGCGAACGGGCACGGCUAGCCAAACAACGGCAUCUACUGCACAGACCCCCCGCGCUGAUCCACGUCGUGGCUGCCGAUUUGUAGCAUUGCUACCUGGCCUGGAUUACCAAGACAACUGUUUGAUCAUCUACUCCUUGUUGAUAUGCAUCCCAGUACAUAUAUCCUGCCUCACGCAUACUUACAUACGUAUGUCCGACCGACGUGUUGUAUCAUCCUUUUUGCUUGUUACACUUGAUAUCUCGUACUGUAUCGUCAC